AUGAGCGCUGCAGCCUCAGGCAUGCCUGGUGGUCCCCCCGGCGCGGGGGUCGCGGACGGCGCCCACCUGGCGGCCGCGAACCUGCCGCUCGCGAGCCUCUUGGAGGAGACACUAGCAGCCAAUCCAGCGGCGAUCCGCUGCGCCGAGGAGCAACUGCAGAUGCGCAGCGCGAGCGAGUCCUUCGCCAAAGACCUCCUUCUUCUUCUUGUCGGUGCGGACGUUUCCCCAGCCGCAAAGCAGGCCGGGGCCAUUUACUUCAAGAACUUCAUUCGUCGGCUGUGGGACGUGGAUCCGCAGCAGGGCGGCAUCAGCGAGGCCAAUCGCGCGCUGGUCAAGGAGCAUCUGUUGUGUCUGUUGCUCGCGCCGACGACGGCGAAGCGUGUUCAGAUGCAGCUGGCGGAUGCGCUGGCGCGGAUCGCGGAGACCGACUUGCCGCUGGACUGGCCGGCGCUGCUGCCUGAGCUGAGCCAGAAGCACCUUGUCCCCACAGCGGCGUCGCUGCAGCAGAGUCCGCCGCCCGCGGACCAGAAGGCGUUGCUGCAGCAGCAGAUCGCCGCGCUGGAGAUCCUGCAUGCAGUCCUGAAGAAGUACCGCUCGGCGCUCCGCUCCGACGAGGUGCUUCUCGAACUUCAACAGAUCCUGCCGCCCACGCAGGAGCCGCUGCUCCAUGUCUUUGGCACCGCGCUGAAGCUGCUGGAAGUCGCUGUGGCGGAGAGCGGCGCGGGCGACCAGGGGAAGAGCGCGAUGAACGGCAGCAAAGCCGUCACGAACUGCGCAGAGCUGCUCCAAGUACUUCUCCUCGCCGCCAAGGUCUUCUUCUCCCUCAACACCGUCGACUUGCCUGAGUUCUUCGAAGACCACAUGCGCGAGUUCAUCGGCGGAUUCGUCGCCCUCCUCAGACUCGACCUCACGCCGCAGCAGGUCGACCCCACGCAGGACUCCGACGACGGUGUCCCCGGCGUCUUGGAGAAGGUGGCGACGCAAGUCUGCGCAAAUCUCAAGCUGUACGCUGACAAAUACCAAGAAGAGUUUCAGCCCUACGUCACGCCAUGCACGCAUGCAGUGUGGGAGAAGAUGCAGAAGAUUUCCUCCAAACAGCGCUACGACUUCCUCGCCGCCGCGGCGAUGGACUUCCUCAGCAGCGCGGCCUCAACUGCGUGGCAGCCGCCCGAGGGCGCGCCAGAGGGGACCUCCGGAGACCCCUUCGCAGACGCCAACCUGCUGAAGGAAAUCUGCGAAAAAAUCAUCGUCCCCAAUGUGCAAUUAAGUGACGGCGACGUCGAAUUGAUUGAAGACGCGCCCCUGGAGUUCACUCGGCGCGACCUGGAGGGCGGGGAGCACCAUGCGACGCGGCGGAGCUCCGCGCUGGAGCUUGUCAAGAGUCUUUCGAAGUUGCACGACGAGGCAGUCACGAACUUGGUUCUGCAAGUCGUCAACGUGUUGUCUGCCCAAGCGGCGAGCGUCGGAGGCGGGGAAACCGUCCCCGGCGAGCGGCUCAUCGACGCCAGCACGUUUCUGGUGAUGGCCGUUGGCGUGCGCGGCACCACGCGCUUCCGCGGCGUCCAGGCCGUCAACUCCCGCGUCGACGUGGAGAACUUCUUCAAGGCUUCGCUCCUCGGAGAGCUGAAGAAACCCGACGUGAACCGACACGUGAUCGUUCGCGUCGCCGCCAUCAAAGUUGUCGCCGCCUUCAGAAACCUGUUUGACGCCCAGCUGCUUCACGGCGUGCUGCCUCUUCUGGUGUCACAUUUGUCGUCGUCUCAAGUUGUGGUGCAUACCUACGCGGCGUACGCGCUGGAGCGCCUCCUGAGCACGAAGCAGCACGGCCAGCCGAAAAUUGACAAGGCGACGGCGGCGCCCCUUCUGAAGCAGGCAAUUGAAAUUCUUCUUCGUCUGCUCGAGACGACGCGCGCGCGGGCUUCUACGGACGGUCGGUUCGAGAACGAGUUCAUCAUGAAGUGUCUGCUGAGAAUUUUCAUCUUCCUCAAGGAAGACUCGACAGGGGCCGCGAUGCCUGCGCUGUCUGUGGUUCUCGAGUGCAUCAAGACGGUGGCGGCAAAGCCCUCAAAUCCGUCCUUCUCGCACUACCUUUUCGAGUCCCUCGCCACUCUGGUGAAGAUCCUCAGCGCUUCCGCGGAGCACCGCACGCAGAUGGAGGCGCAGGUCGUCCCCGUCCUCAGCGUUCUCAUUCAGCAAACUCUGCAUGAUUUCAUUCCCUACUGCUUCCAGAUCUUAGGGCUCCUUCUGGAGACAGCGGAAGAACGAUAUGCAGCGACGUCGCAGCUGUACGUGGAGCUGUACCGACAUCUCCUUCAGCCAGGUGUCUGGGCAGCUUCGCAGGGCAACGUGCCGGCACUCAUUCGCCUGCUGUCUUCCUAUUGCCGGCGGCACGCACUCUUCACGGAUCUCAUCAAGGACAACAUGCAGACGCUUCUGGAGAGGUUCCAGUACUGCCUGUACCACAAAAAACUCAUGACUGCUUCGUUCGACUUGCUCAACGUCAUCUUCAAGUUGCUGCCUUUCGCGUUCUACGCGCAGUUUUUCAACAUGCUUCUCACCGUUCUCCUUAAGCGCGUCCACGAGCUCAACAAGAGGCCUUCCGUCUGCCGAGACGUCUGCCUCUCCCUCAUGCUCUUCCAGUGCAAAUGCGAAGAUCCCUCGACUCUGGUCAACGCGCUUGAGGCUAUCCAGUCGGGCCUGUCGCAGCAGGUCCUUUCGUUCAUCGUCCUGCCGGCUGUCGCCGCUUCCUCAGCUUCUCCUCUCCGCGUGAAGAAAGUCCUGAUUCUUGGCCUCGCGCGCAUGGCGACUUGCCCCGCCGUAACUGCGAACAAGCCGGUGCUGGGUGGGACGCUCGAGGCGCUCGCGCUGCUCAUUUCCAAGAAAGAAGAGGAGGAACGAAGCGUGCAGCGCACCCAGGCAACGGCGAAGGAGGUGGCCCUGGAGGAAGAAGAUGAUAGCCCUGGCAUCGGAGGCGCAGGAACCGUGGCAGAGUUCGACGUGAGUUAUGCCCGGCUGGCUGCUGCGGAUGUCUCUCAGUCGAAGGACUUGGUUGAGGACGUUACCGAUAUCCAAGGAAGCGUGCAGCGGUGUCUGGCGCCUUUGAGAGGGGAGAUUGAAGAACUCGCUCACCGCGGCGCCAACAUAAGACCGCUGCUGGCAUUUGUGCAUCUUUAG